AUGGCACCACGCCCUACUAUCAAUCGUCGCCGGGCGGUUGAAAAACCAGUGCGAACAGGCCGCAUUGCCAAAACAAAGAAAGAACAAACCACCAAAGUCUCAUCGGACCAGCUGGAAGCUGCUGUCAACGAUCAAGCUCUUGAGCCGGUUUAUGGAACACCCCCGGCCUGGUCAGAGGGUCGCCAACAACUUUGUGAUGCGAUUCCGUGGUUUCGCUGCACCCAAGGUGCAAUGUAUCACAAGGAGGGUUUCUGCUAUGGCUUCCUCAUUGAUGCUGAUGGUGGUACCCGCACUUAUAUCGACGAGGAAAUCAUCAUUACCAGAAUCGGUGGAUGCUGCACCAAAGACUCGGGGGGAAACUUGACCCUCGAGAAGAACCAAGACCCGGAUAAUGCACUCGUUCAAAGCAUCAUCGCCAGCCAAGACUCAAAACUUGCUGUUGGUCUUGUUAUUGGGAGCAAGAACAAGAUUCUCAACCGAGAGCUUCCGCAUCGGUACAACAUCAUGGAUUGGUUUCGUGUUACCAAUGUCUGGUUUGAGAAGAUUGGCCAGAAACACGGAGUCAAGGUCCGCUUUGAGAAACUGAACCUCGCGGAAAAGAGCUGGUGGGCGUCCAAGGACUCUCUCCCUCCAGUGCCUCUCGAUGAACGGGACUUUGACACAAAGCCCGAGACUCUGAAGUGUGAGAAAUGCUCCAUGGAAAGUGUUCGCUUGUACGAGGAUGGUUGGAUGUGCCUUGAUCCUGGUUGCAUCGACUUCUGGAAGAUCGAGAACGCUUCCCCUCCCGCUGAGCUCACUUUCAAUCCUGAUUUCCUGAGCUUUCGCAGUCGUCCAGACCCAGCAAUCCAGCCCCACUACAGUCUAGUUCCUGAUCUUUUGUCCACACUGGAUGAGAAUGCCGCGGAUGUUAGCACAUCUCGUAUCGCAUGGAAGGGUAUCGUGUGUUCUAUGUGUUUCAAAUGUAUCCGACGAACUUUCUGGAAAGGUUGGAAAUGCGAUGAUGACUCUAUCAGCGAGGAGUGUGCGAAAAGCUGCCCCUUUCAAAAGUUCAUGAAUAUGAACCCUGUUUCGCUCCGGGUCGUCCUCGAUCAUUUCGAGCUGGCCCCGAUCAAGCGAGCAAUCGUUUUUGACCGGAAGUUUAGCAUUCCAGAGAUUGAUGACAACACCUUAUUCCCUUACCGGAAGUUGACUUACAAACUCGACGGAGUUGGCUCGAUUACCCACUUUGUGUCCAACAAAGCAAUCAAUAGCCGCGCGAAUGGACCGGAUGACCUUUUCAUCAAUCUCCAACGUGGCGAUCUUGGUCUCAAACGAUUCCGGCUCCAGUCCAGUCUAGUUGCGGGUACACUGACCUCACAUUUCGCGGUCAACUACGGUAUGCCCUACAAAUAUGUCGUCUCUGUCGAUUCCAAGGGCUUCGAUGAAGCACCCAACGACAUGCUCCAGGCUCUGGGUCGUUUGUCGUGGGCAACUGAAAAGGCAGUCACCUCUUCUGGAGACAAAUACCUGGCUCCAAAUGAGUUAUUGACACUCGGCUAUUUCGAGGGAAUGAAGAUCGGAUUCCACGAUGACGGCGAGUCCUCGCUGGGCCCUACUAUCGCCACACUGUCCCUUGGAGCGAAAGCAACCAUGUUCGUCCGUAUGAAGUACAAGUAUUUCAAUGGCUCUACCCGAAGGGCUGAGCCCAAGCAAAUCGGGACUCUUCUGCAAGAUGAUCCUGUUCUGAAAGAUUGCAUGUUUGAGGGCGAACGCCGGUCCCUGAAGGAGGAGUUCGACGCUGGUGAGAUCUCACAAGAUGAAUAUGAUGCCUCUCGUCGUGCUCUAUCAAGUGGCCGCAAGGGAAAAGAGGCCCCAGUUACCAUCAAGAUGGAACUUCAUCAUGGUGAUCUGGUUGUCAUGCACGGAGAGAAUCUCCAGAAGUACUACGAGCAUUCCGUGGUGCCUGAGAACAAAUUGCGCUUUGCUUUGACCGCGAGAUACGUCAAGCCCGACCACAUUGAUGCGAGAGAGAUCCAGAAAGGCCAGUUCAUACUCACACCUGACCAAAUCUACGAUGGAAAGUGA